AUUCAAAAUUACGUCAGGAAUUCAAAAAUUCAAAUUAUUACACCAACCAACACUACCUCGUAACUUAUCAACACUGGCCGCUUUAUCCAUCGAUGAACUUCCAUCACCAUUCGAUAUUUUCCUUUGUCAAAAAAAAGUAAAUAAACGAAUUUUACUGUCCAACAAAUCGAAUCAAAAUCACAUUACAACAAAUGGACGACGAGGAGACAGCAGAAAUCAAUUCGGGUCAGCAGUCGACAGACGCAGUGGGGGCCCAAGGCUAUGCAAAUGGUGGGGCGGGGGCGAUGGGGGAGCCGAGAAUGCAGCCUCCGGAGGAUGCGCAUGAAAGCGAGGAGGUACAGCUGCAGCCUCAGCAACAGGAGGAGCCACAGGAAACUGGGAACAGUGCAAUAGAUCCCCUGCAGGCAGCGGGGGAAGACGACGUUUUCGCAGAUCCGGAUGAGGAGCGAGCAGACGCUAGUAGUGACAUGUCUCUCGAGAGUCGCGGCAGCGAAGAUGACUCCGAUUUAGAGGCCCUGCCCCGCUGGAUGAUUCCACCGAACCGCCAUAUUUCCGCUGUGGAGCAGAUGGUGGCGCAGGCCCGCAACCGGGAUGGAGGAAUAGCUGCCCUGCUUAACCGGGAUAAUUUCCUGCAGCGAGUGCGUAGCAUGGUCUUCAGCCAGGAGCGGCGUCGCAGUCGAACUAGCGAUGAGACCAGCCAGGAGGAGGCCGAACCUUCAAACCCAAUCCUGCCACCGCCGCCAGCACCCGCACAGCUCGACAUCGAGAUGGAGGAGGGCGUGCACUUUGAUACCAAUCUGCCGGCGGAGCACUCGUACUUUGGCACGCACCUGAGUCGCGUGCCAGGCGUGGACUACCUUGAGGUGGGCAGUACCCAUCACAUGCUCAUCUUCCUGCACCAGCAUAUCCUUUUUCCCGGCGAGGUUCUGCCCUUUAUGAUCGACGGGAGCAUGUUCGAUGACGACAUGCCUGGCCUGGAUGGCCUGAUCUUUGGCGUUGGCUUCCCGCUGAUGCAACCGCCGGAGAACAACCCGCACAAGUUGUACGGUGUCACCUGCCAGAUCUACGAGAGAGGUGAGAGCGACCGAGAGUUGGUGUUCUACAAGUCUCGAGCUCUGCAGCGCAUUGUCAUCAACUGCAACGACAUCCAGGGACCGCCGCACUACAUUGCUCGCAAUCCGACGACCAAGUGCUUCAGCAAAGUUAAGAUUUUGCCCGAGUAUUUCCUGCCCGAGCCCCUGCAAACCGUGGAUAUGGGUUCCAUGGCCCGGUUUAGGGAUAUUCCCUCAAUGCGGGACCAGUACCGCCGAUUUCAACUAGCCAGCACUCCCUGGCCGGCGGACGCCUGUCAGGAGUAUGCCUUUGACGACAUUGUGGAGCGCGCUCGCAAGAAGCUGGAGAUUCACAAGAUUAAUACCAUGCCAAAAUGUCCCAUCCAGCUGUCGUUCUGGCUGGUGCGAAACCUCCACCUAAACGAGAAGAUGAUGCGGCAAACCUUCCUUACAGACUCGGUGAACACUCGCCUCCAGUUGAUCGGGAGCACGCUGAAGGAGGAGUCCUUCUUCUACUGCCGCUAUUGCAACAGCAGCCUGGCCCACUGCUCGGAUCUAUUUGCCAUGUCCAAGCACGGGGUACAGACGCAGUACUGCAAUCCAGAGGGCUACAUCCAUGAGACAAACACCGUGUACCGGGUAAGACAGCAUGCCAUCGGCUACAGCGGUGAGCCAUCCACCAAAUUCAGCUGGUUUCCGGGCUACCAGUGGCACAGCAUUCUGUGCAAGUUUUGCGCUCAACACGUCGGAUGGGAGUUCAAGGCGGUGCAGCCAAAUCUCGCUCCCAAGGUGUUCUUCGGCCUGGCUGGGUCUAGCGUUCGGAUUGGAGGGGCCAGCGAGAACACAGUCAACGGCAGCUCGUUUGUGGUGCGGAACAUGUUGCGCCUGAUCUCCAAUGAGAUGGAAUGAGGUUGGCGCGCUGUGAAGCGUUGCUUCUGUUGCUGCCGUUGUACGAAUGACAAUGCUUAAAUCGUUGCCCACCUAGGCGCGUCAGCUCCCAAGAUGUGGGAAAGAUUGAUCUACACAUAUGGAUGCGUAUAUGUUCUUUAGAUAAAAUAAAUU